UCUCAUACGUCGCUUCACCAGUGACGUUUGCAGGCGGUCACGGACACCUUUGCAACUUAAAACGACUCCACAUCGGGGGUUGUCAAGUUUCAAUUGCUAAGUGCCAAGCUAACCAAACAAGCAACCUGCUCGAGGUGACGUGACGAUGCUGUCUCGAAUGUUGCUCUCCCUGCUCAACAACCUCCAUGUCGUCGAGAGGUUGGCGGAGUCUCGCCCGAUUCGGAGGGCUGCACAGAUCACCGCGUACGCCAUCACCAAGGCUCAAAUAUUCGGCAGAGACACCUCGCAGCGGGUCCUGCGGUCCCAGACAGUGCGGCAACUUCGAGAGGAGGCUGAUCGAGUGCCAGGGGGCGUGGAGGACGUCGGCAGGCGACUCAAGAGAGUCCGAGAGACAUUUGUCAAUGAAGUAAAGGACGGCUGGAAAGAUGGAUCACGUCAGGUUAAAAAAUAGAUGGACCUUUGAAGGUUGAAUAUUGUCUGAAAGACACAUUAAAUGGGAACACAAUCUGUCAACAUUGGAGACAAUGAAUCAUCGGUGGCUGUCCUGUCAAAACGAGCUGACCUCAAACCAUGGAGCUUUUGAUUCAGAUUGGAAUCUGAGGCCGUACAGUACACUGACAUUAAUUGGAACACGAUACAGAUGUAUGUGUUGGUAUGCCCAUGUGUGAUUAGCAUGCACUGAUGGCGGUGGCCCUAUAAGCUUCUUCAACUUUUACUAGUGUCAACCAAACCGAUUCAACAUUUGGAAAUUAAUGUAAAUGAGUGUCAUUUUAAUGUAAAUUAAAUAAAGAUAGUACUGUAUAUUCUCAAGAGAUUAAAUCAACAUAAUUCUAAA